GCCGGAGCGCCUGUGAGCGGCAGCAGCGCGCAGAGUCCGCGGAAGUGACGUCAGGCGAAGAAGAAUCUUUGUUUACAGCUGUGUGUUUAAACUCUGUUAGCAUGAGCUCCGACAGUGUGAUUUAAGACAUGAUUUCGCGUUUAAACCUUCUUUCUGAAACACCGACAUGAGCGACGCGAUGGAGAGCCGAGAGCAGCGAACUCUUCUGUCUUCAGCCGCGAUGAAGAGAGCUGAAAUCAGUGACCAGCCACAAGCGGUGGAGAAGAGAGGGCCGUAUAUCAUGUCCAAAGCUCCUGCUUUCCACACCAAGCUCCAGAAGCACAGAGACACGGCCAGACGAGCUCUGCAGAAGAGAGGACUGGGCUCAGGGAGGCUUGUGCUUCAUCAGCCACGACACAAACCAAAGACUGUGAGGUUCAAUCAGGGAUACGCGGCACUGAGUCAGACGGGAGAGGAUCCGCUCGUCUCGCUGGACUCAGACAGUGAUGCAGAGCUGGAUUGUUCGUCUGGAUAUUCCUCAGCAGAGGUGCAUCCAGAUCUGAGCAGGCAGCUGUUGAAGGAUGGAUAUCACCUGGAUGAGACACCUGAUGAUGAAGAUCUGGACCUGAUUCCCCCGAAAGCCCUGAGCUCCUCCGUCUGCUGCUGCUGCUGCGUGCAGUGAGAAACGGUCUUCCAUAGUGAUGCCAGAGAUCUCAUUCUCAUUGCUGUAAUGGAUGAAAACAAAGAUAUUUAAAUGGUCAGUUAUGUAUUCAUCAUGGAAGUAUUUGUUGUGCUGCCUUUGAACUGACUGAAAAAACUAUUUACAAAAGCAUAGUACUUUAUUUGCUUUAGUCACAGAAAUAUGAUUUGGAAGUGAUUCGUGUCUCAGCGUUUGGGGAAGUGCAGCGUUACUGAUAGUGAGAACUGAUAGUGACACUACUUUACGUACUUGUGUGUGUGUGUGAGAGAGAGAGAGUGUGUGUGUGUGUGUGUGUGUGUGUGUG